AUUAGGGGAUGUGCGCGCACCAAGAGGGAGUGUAAAGGAAGCAGUCUUGACGCUUGUGUACGUAUGUGUGCGUGUCUCCUUCCUGUUAGCCAAGAGAACCCGUGCCUUGAGGGAACACGACGGGAAAAGAGGCAACACACCCAGUCUCACUUUGAAUCAUGCUGAAGUCUCUCUUUUUAGUGGCCGUUGUGCUAAGCGGCAGCGUAACAGCAGCGGAUGGCAUCAAGGAGCAGGACCAGAUCUACAUUGUCUCCGGCGUACUAGGGGGCGUGUGUCUCCUCCUCACCAUCGCCGCCAUUUAUAACGCCAUGACCAUUAUCAAGUUGCAGACGAAGCUGACGGUGCUGCAGGCGGCCAAUGCAGCCUCUAACAAGACCAUCGUGGAGGCUCCCAGGACGCAGCAGCCAAUGCCGAGAGGGGAGGAGCUGAACAGAUACCAGCAAGAGGAGCACUUCCGAGCCCCGCCGCCGAGGGAGAACUACCGCAUGGACAGGUUUAACCCUGAAAAUUACUUCGAGACCAACCACUACGUCCACGGCGGCAGGCCCGUCCCUCCACCGAGGCCGCAGCGUGUGGGACCCUCUGCGAGAGACAACUAUUACUGAGGUACUCCUUCCUGUCUCCGCGUCCAACAAGAGGUGUUGUGGUGAAGUCAGUCCGGCUCACGGAGAUGCCAAUUACACAUCCACUGACCAAGGCAAUGCAGCAAGAGUCACCUCACGUCAUGGAAUAAAUGAUUACUUGAUAAUUAAUAAUUAAUCCAUCAGUACGGAAGAGAAAUCUAUCAAAUUAUGACACCAUUAAGCUGAUAUCAAAGAACAGAUUUCCGAGAUAAUUAAACACAGCCCAUGUAAGCUUCAGUCUGAUAAUUAGUGAACGCCUUCUGCCACAGGUGACAGGUGGUCACACAACACUGUCAACACCCACCUCUUGUCGGGUACAUUGAAUGAGCAGAUUGGAACGGAACACUUAACAUCAACGCCAACACUUUUCUGUUAUUGAACACUUCCGGCGGUCUUAAUAUCCCAUUAUUUGUAUCCAAACUUAGAUGUGAGUGGAAGAUUCACCACGAUAACCCACUUGACUCAGUAAAAAUUGAAGGAAAAAUGUAUCGUUUUAUAUGAUCAACAUCAUUCUUUUCAGAAUUACAACACACACAUUCCUUGUACAGAAUGUAAACUCACAAUCUUAAUAAACAAAACACGCCAAGGCUUUAGAAGUAACACAUAGAUGAAAGAUGUGAUACUCGUAGAUGUAAUGUACGUAACACAUGUACUUAAUUCUUUCCAUCAAUUCUACAUAGAUUACAUGUGUGUACAUAGUUAACAGUUAUAAAUCUAUUUUGUAUUCAAGAAUCUUUCACGGAACUAAGUUCUGUACGUAAACGAUAAGUUAAAGUUAGGAUAUUAAGAUACGAUUUUUUUUUUUUAGAUAUGUGAAGUAUGAUACAUGCAUUGUAUGCUAAUACAAAUAUUGAUUAACAAUUCUUA